UUCUCAUGGAUCUCCCACCACUUUCUCAUCAACAAGAAAACAACAACAAGAAUAAUAAUCUCUUGUUCAAAUUUGUAAAGAAAUAUAUGUAUCAUGUAUUAUUUUUUCUAUUUUUAUUCUUUUCUUCUAUUCUUUUCUACAAUUUACUAAGCCCACUUUAUCAUGACCCUCUCGUAAUUGGCAAUAUUAGUUUUUUUUCCAAAAAUUCUACUUGUGAUUACUCUUAUGGAAAAUGGAUUUGGGAUGAAAAAUAUGUUGUUGAUCAAUAUAAUGAGAAUUGUCCUUUCUUGGAUCCCGGUUUCCGGUGCCGGAAAAGUGGUCGCCGGGAUAUGGAUUACCGGAAGUGGCGAUGGCAACCUCAACAUUGUCAUCUUCCAAGGUUCAAUGCAAAGGAUUUCCUCGAACGUAGUCGAAAUGGUCGAAUAGUGUUUGCUGGAGAUUCAAUUGGAAGAAACCAAUGGGAAUCUAUGAUAUGUAUGUUAGCACAAGGUGUAUCUAACCAAUCCACCAUAUAUGAAGAAUUUGGAAACCCCAUAACCAAACACAGAGGUUAUCUCUCUAUGAAAUUUCAAGAGUACAAUCUUACUGUUGAAUAUUACAGAGUACCUUUCCUCGUAGUCGUUGAUCGUCCUCCCGCGAAUGCAUCGAAAGAAGUGAGAGGAGUGAUCAGACUUGAUAAGCUGCACUGGUAUUUCACAAAGUGGGUUGAUGCAGAUGUAAUUAUAUUCAAUGCUGGACAUUGGUGGAAUGAAGACAAAACUAUUAACAUGUAUGAAUCCCAAGUGCUUUAGCAAUAAUCAAAUAUAUCUGGAUUCUUUGACCAUAAGAACUUCACCAAUCACUAACAUUACACAAAUGUAUUGCAGGGGCAUCCAUUUCCAGGAAGGAACAACGGUGAACAUGACGAUGGAUGUUGUGGAAGCUUUUCAAAGAUCCUUGAAUACUUGGGCGUCGUGGGUGAUUCAAAAUACCAAGCCUGAAAAGAGUCACAUCUUCUUCCGCAGCGUUUCACCAGUACACUACAGGUAAGUACUUUGUAGGAACUAAUCAGUUGCAAUACAAAUACAGUAUACUAACUGACGCUAGUGGAACUGAAUUUGGUUAAAUUGAUUUGCAGGGAUGGAGCAUGGAAUGAAGGUGGCCAUU